AUGAACGGACAGAGUUCGAUUGAUGCACUCGAAAAGUUAUUUUCCAAAUUACGUUUGGACUAUGAUGUUGGAUAUGUUAUUAACUCUGACACCGAAGAAAGUACUUCUGAUCAAGAUUCACCUAUUUGGACCGAUGACUCCUCAAGUGAUUCAGAUUCACCAACGGUCAAAGUAUAUCGAAAAAUGAAUGUUACCGAGGCAGAAGGAUCGUUGAAUGAUCAAGGCCUUGUCCCCGCAAGAUAUGGGGCACACCCAACCAAAUAUAUUACUGAAGACCGUAACAAAGGAUUAGAAUUCGUUAAUUCUAUAGCAAAUGAAGAAGAAGAACAUUGUUUGUUACGAUUUCGACUUCCAUCCAGAAAAUAUAAAAGGUAUCGUAGGAAACUUGUUCAUCAGAAAGGCUCAAAAAGAUUUAGCAAUGAUAUUUGGCAUCGCGAAACUAUGCCUGAUGGUAUCGGAGACGACGGAGAAAUAGGCGAUUCUCCACCAUAUAACUUACCUAUUAACGUGGGAGUAAGAAACAUCGAAAAGUUCAACUCGAUGGUCCAAGAAGUAAAAAUAGUAAGAGAAGAUUAA